AUGAAAGGCAUCAUACCUCGUCUCAGCCAAUCGAUUGAGACGCAUCUCAGCCCAUCGCAGGCCUCAACACCUACCCAUGCCGGCCCGUCUCAUGCUGUGCGGGGCUGGGGCAUACCCAGGGUCCAGAAGGAUGCGAUCGACGUGACUUCUGCAAACUUUGGCGGAGACAGGCGACCGGCGCUGUAUGGGACUCUCGUAACCUUUCUCGUGCUGAACAACCUUGCUGUUGUGGCACGACUUGUCGCACAUUACCGGGCACACUAUAGGAUAGGGGGGCGUAUCUUUCCCGAAGACGUCUUCGUCCUUCUAAGUGGGAUCUGCGUGAAUGUUGUCAUCGGGAAUCUCUUGGCCUCAACCCAUUAUGGACUUGGACUUCAUUCAUGGAGGAUCAAUGCCGAGGAUCCGCAUAUGCCCCGAAAUAUCUCGAACAUCUUCAAGCAUGUCUGGCUGUGUAUGGUGUUCGUGGGCCCCACUUUCACCUUCAUCAAGCUCUCUCUUCUUUUCUUCUACCGCCGCCUGUUUUUGGUCAACCAGAAAUGGCUGCGCGUCGCCUGGUGGGCCAACAUGGUCUAUGUCAUCCUGUGGUUCUUUGGGGCAACAGGGUUUUACAUCUUUCAGUGCUGGCCGGUUCAAUGGUAUUGGACACGGUACUAUCAAAGAUACCACGUUGGACCACCAAUCGCAAUGAAGGGCCAGUGCAAAGCUACCACGGUUGCACAUGUUGCCAUGCCUCUGAUAUUUAGCCUCAUCUCGGACGUUGCCCUCUUGUUACUACCCCUCACAGCCAUCUCGAAGCUUCAAAUAUCAUUGAAAAAGAAGCUCGGUCUUGCUUCCAUAUUCUCAGUCGGAGCACUUGCUUGCCUUCUAGAACUUGCCCGAAUCGUGGAAUUGGAGGUUGACACCGACGACCAGAGUGACCCCAGUUACGGUGUGGUGGUAUUUCUCAUCCUCUCGGUAGCUGAAGAAGUGUGCGCCAUUAUAUGCGGGAGUCUGCCUGUUGUGAUCCCGCAGCUCUUCCGCGAAUACAAGAGCUCGAGGGAACGCUCUUCGCAGAACAAGGACCGCAGCUACUCUAUGGAUCUUGGAGCUAUAACUCAGUCACGAAGCAUGGUCAAAGGAUUCGAAAAGCUUGGUGAAGGGUCGGGCGAUCGGGCAUACGAGAGUCGCAAUCUGGCCGGCGAGCGAAUCGACUGGGCUUGCGGCUCGAUUCCAGCGAAUACCGUGGUCGCCGAGACCAUUCCUCAUACUGAGGAUCCCGGUGACGCUCAAAUUGUUGUCCAGAGGAAUUAUGAAGUGACUGUAGGAGGCUCAGUCCCGCAGGUCGUGUAA